UUAUUUACCACUUAUCUUCUCAUCUCUUCUUCUCAAAAACACGGAAGAAAAAGAAGACUAGAACCUGAAAAAUGGUCCUUCAAGCACCCACCAGGCUAAGUGCCACGCAAUCCCCACCACUACAGGCACCUUCUGUUUUAUCUCCAACAAGCAAUGCCGGCCUCCGACGUUCGCCUGAUCGUUUUGCUUUGAAAUCAUGUUUCUAUUCUCCAUCUCUUCAUCUCUUGCUGUCGCCUAAUUAUGUCCAUCUUCUUGCUUCUGCGGCUCCAAGAUAUUCCAUGCGAGUCGCCUCUAAGCAGGCUUACAUAUGUCGUGAUUGUGGGUAUAUCUACAAUGACAGAACUCCCUUCGAGAAAUUAGCUGAUAGUUACUUCUGUCCUGUUUGUGCAGCUCCUAAAAGGAGAUUUAAGCCAUAUGCCCCUGCAGUGACUAGAAAUGCAAAUGACCAAGAUGUUCGUAAGGCAAGAAAAGCUCAAAUCCAGAGAGAUGAAGCAAUUGGACGGGCAUUACCUGUAGCCAUAGCAGUCGGAGUUGCGGCACUUGCUGGUUUAUACUUUUACCUGAACAGCACUUUCCAGGGUUAAUGGUAUCGAGUGAACAAUUCCUGUCCAAACCCAAGCUUGUAUAUGUUUGCAGUGUAAUUUUUUUGCCAACACACCAGGGAGAGUUGAAACUGCCAUUUCUUCAUCAUUGAAAAUGAAUCUCUCAAACCAUUAAAUAUAGCCUUUCUUUAAUGUUUAUA